CUCGGCUGGCUUGCUCUCCUUCUCUCCCCUUCCACUCGCCUCCUCGUCGCCAUUAAACACACAAACCUCCAAAACAAAAGAAAAAGAAAAAACUUUGCGAAAUUUUCCCUUUCUCCCUCAAAUCAGCCUUAAAUCCGACUUCUCAGACCUUUUCGCGUCCGCGAUUCCCCCUCCGCAGACGCCCCCAGCGAUUUUUUAGAUCUUUUUUCUCGAAUUUACGAGGUAUUUUUUGGGGGUCAUUCGUCGCCGUCCCCGGGUGGAUUAGGGUUAGGGUUUGGCGGGAUGAGGGUGCACGAGGGUGCGUCGGACGAGGAGGUGGAGGAGCCGGUGGCCUCGGCGAUGCUGGCGCCAGUGGCGCUGUCGCCGCCGCCCGCCGCCUCUUCGGGGUCGCAGCGGCUGGUUGUUGGGUACGCGCUCACCAAGAAGAAGGUCAAGAGCUUCCUGCAGCCCAAGCUGCUUGCGCUUGCCAGGAAGAAGGGAAUUAAUUUUGUAUCAAUUGAUGAGACUUGUCCUCUCUCUGAACAAGGCCCAUUUGACAUUAUUCUGCACAAGCGUACUAACAAGGAGUGGCAGCAAGUUCUGGAGGAUUAUCGUGAAGAGCAUCCAGAAGUAACCAUCCUUGACCCACCAAGUGCUAUCCAACAUUUACACAAUCGGCAGUCGAUGCUUCAAGAAGUUACUGAUUUGAACUUGUCCAACAGCUAUGGUGAGGUUUGUGCCCCACGACAGCUAGUCAUCAUGAAAGACCCAUCUUCCAUACCAGCUGCAGUAGCCAAGGCUGGACUAACCUUGCCCUUGGUUGCCAAACCUUUGGUGGUUGAUGGAACAUCGAAAUCUCAUGAACUAUCUCUUGCAUAUGUGGAUACAUCGCUGUCAAUGCUUGAUCCUCCUCUGGUUCUCCAGGAAUUUGUAAACCAUGGCGGGAUCCUAUUUAAGGUGUACAUUGUUGGUGAAACAAUUCGGGUUGUACGACGGUUUUCACUCCCUGAUGUUAACGCCUAUGACAUGGAAAACAAUGAUGGCAUCUUCCGAUUCCCAAGAGUCUCAUGUGCUACAAAUAAUGCAGAAGAUGCAGACAUUGACCCUUGUAUUGCAGAACUUCCUCCAAGGCCACUUUUGGAGAAGCUAGGCAAGGAACUACGGCGUCGACUGGGUCUUAGACUGUUUAAUUUAGACAUGAUUAGAGAACAUGGAAGCAAGGAUCGGUACUAUGUCAUUGACAUCAACUAUUUCCCUGGAUAUGGGAAAAUGCCAGGCUAUGAGCACGUAUUCACCGACUUCCUACUAAGCCUUGUGCAAAGCAAGUAUAAAAGGCGUUUAAGCGGGAGCUGAAGUGUAGCCAAGCUUUCUUGCCCGAGGAUGGGGAAAUUAACAAAACACCGUCCGUGUAACUGUGGCAGCAUAGAUAGAUUUUCCAGUCUGUACAUAUCAGGGGGGAUGUUAUUAGCUUGUUGCUGAGGCUCCACCUGAGAUAUUGAAAGAAAAGAAGAAAAAUGGCAUCCGAAGGCUUCUUUUCAACAAAACUGGUGUAACCCCUGUUAUCCAUGAAGUGGAUACUUGAUACUGCAACGCUGAUUUGAAGUAUUACUGAAUAAAGUUUAGCAACAGCUCGUUAAAGUUGCUAGAGAAGCCAGGGUUAA